AAAAUAUUAGCCCUCAUGUUGUUUAUCAAUAUCUCUAUCUGUUGCCAGAUUUCCCUGUGGUCCCUCUUGGUGACUCUGGUGGUCCUGUUCAUCCUGACUGGGACCAUGCUGGGCCCAGACCUGUUGGCACAGAUUCCUGCGUCUGUCUAUGCCAUUGCAGUGCUGAUGCCUCUGGCAGGGUACGCCCUGGGAUACGGCUUAGCCACGGUCUUUAAAAUGCCCCCACACUGCAGGAGAACAGUAUCUUUGGAAACAGGGUGCCAAAACGUCCAGCUCUGCACCGCCAUCCUAAAGCUCACCUUCUCCCCGGAGCUCAUAGGGAGCAUGUACAUGUUUCCCUUGCUUUAUGCGCUUUUCCAGUCAGCAGAAGCGGGACUGUUUGUGCUGGCAUACAAGAUGUACGGAAAAGACAGCUACAAGCAAGAUGCACUUGGUGAAGAGGAAGACACAGAUAUUUCCUACAAGAAGCUGAAGGAAGAGGAGGUAGCUGAUACUUCAUAUGGCACAGUGACCACAGAGGAGCACAACUCCAUUCAGAUGGAGCCGACUCAGACGGCGCUUUAGGCAGGACAAAGAGGUAACUCCCAGAGACGUGAAUGUGUGUUGUGCUUGCAACCAGGCUGGGGCUGUGCUCGCUGCUGUGCAAGUGGAGCUGCCCAGCCUCUAUCGUUUCUCCAGCUACUCCCAUUGUACAAGGUGAUAUGUGUUUAUUACC